AUGCGAUGAUAGCAUAUAGCUAGUCCAUACACCCCGCAUCUCCUCAUACGGAUAUAUAUAUACAUACGUUGCGUCGCUAGUACAGUCUGUCUCUGUACCCCCGCCCUCCAAAGCUGCGUCGAAUGCAAACGUCUCUGCACCCACGCCCCACACAAUCUGCGUCGCUAGCCCAGACGUCUCUGAGCCCCCGCCCACCAAAGCUGCGUCGCUAGUCCAGACAUCUCUGGACCCCCGCCCACUCACAUAGUCCCUACUCAUAACUAUGUAUACAUACAUAUAUAUAUCGCAUAUCUUAACAUCACACAAUCAAAUCAACGGUUGAAUCCUCUAGACCCCUAGUUCCAGUUUACAAUGAAUGAACUAACUAACAAUCAAGACUCAAACAAACUCAAUUCAAACAGAUGGAUCAUGAUUCGAAAUCUAAACUACGAUAGAGAGAAUUCUACACUGGUACGGGAUUUACGGAAUAGACCCUCACCUUACCCACUGGCAGGAAAUAAACAACGGAAGAUGCGGUCAACUGAGGUCACCUGCAACACGACAAUCAACGACUUAGGCUCAGAUUCUCCAAAAAUAAAGUUUCCUAAAAUGGAACUUUUCCUAAAAUGGAACCUUUCCUAAAAUGGAAACUUUCCUAAAAUAGAAAGUUUCCUAAAGUAGAAACUUUCCUAAAAUAACAACCUUUCUAAAAUAGAUUUCUGUAACUAGAAGUAAGGAGGCGACAAACUUACUAGAAAAAUCCACUGGAAGCUCGUCCAGAAAUCCCGCCGGAAGCUCGUCCAGAAAUCUUGCCGGAAACUCACUCGGAAAUCCCACCGGAAAAUUCACUAGUGACUGGUCGUCGAAUAAUUCAACAACAACUCGUCACACGCAAAGAAAUACUUUGACUUGAUGAGAAUAAAGAGAAAGGGUGGAUUUUCUUAUAUAAGAGAAGGGAAAGGAGGUAAGUUUUCUAAACUUCCAAUGUGGAACAAAAUAAAAAGAAGGGUUUUGGGUUUUAAUUAAUAAAAACAAAUGGGCUUUUCCACAUUGGGUCACGGUCGUUACAUUGUUAGUUAUUUCAGGAACGUAAAAAAUGAAACAAAAAUAAACAUGAAUAUAGUCUUUUGUGAUAUAUGUAGUCACUAUAUAAAAUCUCAAUAUUACUAAACCAUGUCUAUACUUUUCACAUAAAACAAAUUUUACCAUAACCAAUCUGGUCGUGCGUCCCUCAUCAGCCACUCGCUUUAAAACUUGCCCAAUUUAUAACGUUAGAGUACGACCACAAUAGUCCAUCUGUCCAUGGUACGUGGUUAAAUUUAACCAUGGCAAGGUAGCCUAGGUUAGACUAACCAUAUGUUAACAGAACCCCUAUGUCUAACUUACGCGGUUAAGCAAAAUGCCAAAUUGGUUAUCAUGAACCAUUGUACUAUAGCUAGCUGUUUAACCAUGGUUUGGUUAGAUAAACCCUUCAUGCUCUGCUGAUAAAACCCCCUCCCUUCCUUCCUUCCUCUUUAACGGAUCUUUUUGCUUUAUUUUCUCAAAGACCACCAAUGGAUGGAGGAGUUCUUGAGAUACAUGACGAGAUGCGCCGAGUAACCGACCGUUUCUACGUAGCAGUCUUGCUCGAUAUUUUCACAAGAUACUGCAAACGACGCUUUGGUCUGGACCUUAAGGAAACGACGAAGGACGAGCACGUGGCAGUCUACUGGGCGAAGGAGUUCAACCUGUUAGCUCAUUUAUGUUUUCCGACUGUGAUGAUCGGAAUCGUUCAAGUGCCGGCGGUGGUGGAGCGGAUGAGAAGAGUGCAACCAGACGCAGACAUGAGGUUGGGGCUCGGGAUCAUCUGCUUGUCCAUCUCCUUGUCUUUCUCGGCUUAUCUUCGCUGGUUCGUUGUCGCAUGAGAUGAUUCUAUUCCAUUCCACGUCGUCGUUUACUGAGAUCAUUGAUGUAUUAGAGUCUCUCCCUUUAUGUUUUUUUUUUUUUUCUUUCAUUGGUUUUAAGCAUAUUAUAUUUAGACAACCCGAGUACAAGAGUCUGGCGUUGUCUUUUUUUCUUUUUCAUUUUGGCAGAAUCAUCAAAAAGCUUUCUUCUUUGUUCUGAAACAAGUUUUGAUCAUAACAAA